CUUCUUCUCCUUUCUCACUCUCAACCACUACAACAACAAAUAAUGGUCAAAGUUACAGUCUGUGGUGCCGCCGGUGGUAUUGGCCAGCCCUUGUCCUUGUUGCUCAAGCAGUCCGAGCUUAUCACCCACCUUUCUCUCUUUGAUAUCGUCAACACUCCCGGUGUUGCUGCUGACUUGAGCCAUAUAAACACCAAGUCCAAGGUUACCGGCUACGUUGGCACUGCUCAGCUCGAGGAGGCCAUCAAGGACUCUGCUGUUGUCGUUAUCCCUGCUGGUGUUCCCCGUAAGCCUGGAAUGACACGCGAUGAUUUGUUCAACAUCAACGGUGGUAUUGUUCGUGAUUUGGCUAUUGCUGCUGCCAAAUUCUCUCCCAAGGCAUUCAUCUGUGUCAUCUCCAACCCCGUCAACUCUACUGUCCCAAUUGUUACUGAGGUUUUCAAGCAGUUUGGUGUUUAUGAUCCCCGCAAGAUCUUUGGUGUCACAACUCUUGAUAUCGUCCGCGCCUCGACUUUUGUGUCUGAAUUGAUCGGUGCAGAGGCCAGCCAGUUGCAGGUCCCUGUUGUAGGUGGACACAGUGGUGUGACAAUCAUCCCUCUUCUUUCCCAAGUCGUGGGUACUUCUGCCUUGUCUGAGGACCAGAUUGCCAAGGUUACACACCGUAUCCAGUUUGGUGGUGAUGAAGUCGUCCAGGCCAAGAACGGAGCCGGCAGUGCCACUCUCUCCAUGGCCUUUGCUGGUGCCCGCUUCACCCUCAACAUCCUCGAGGCUGCUAUCCGAGGUACAUCCGGUGUUGUCGAAUGCACAUACGUCCAUCUCGAUGCCGAUAAGGAAGGCGCCAAGGCCAUCAAGAGUGUUGUUGGUGAUGAUAUCGAAUACUUCUCUGUUCCCGUCGAGCUGGGUAUCAACGGUGUCCAGAAAAUCAAGCCUCUCGGCAACUUGUCUGAGUACGAGCAGAAACUCUUGUCUGAAGCCACUGCUGAGCUCAAGGGCAACAUCGUCAAGGGUGCUUCCUUCAUCACCGAGGGCUCCAAGUUCUAAAACCAAACCCAAAAGCCCACAAUGCUCAUUUUGUAAAAAUGUGUAUAUAAAAACUAACCAUAGUCUUUCUUAAAUAAGCCAUAUAUCAAUUCCAUCAGAACCCACUCAAUCAAACCAAUUUUCAAAUCAAUAAAUAAAUAAAUAAAAAGAAAAAGCAAGCUGUUUUUUGUUUUGUUUCAAUUU